CGCGCAUUUUUCCGUGACGAGGCGAAACGCGAGACCCGGGCAGCGCUUCCCACUCGCGGCGCCGCUCAGCUGCCAACAGCAUCAGCAGCAGCGCCGCCUCCACACCUGCAGCCCGCAGCACGUGACGGCUUCACCUGUCGGGGCUAGCGGAAUACCCCUGGCACAGGCGGGGCGAGAGGUGGAGUCUCACCCGGAGGGGCGUGGCCUCACCGGGAGGAGCUUCACCUGGAGGGGCGGGGCAAGGAGGAGUCGUACCUGGAGGGAGCGCCGCUCCUCCACCAUUAGACUCUCUCUGUCGCCAGGAUCUGCCUCGGCUCGCGAAGUUCGUGAUUGAGGCGAACGCCCGCUGAGGCGAGACCUCUGCUGAGUCGGGGAUCCCUCUGGAUCCCCUCUCUACCCCCAACACCAACGGGGGGCGGGGGUAACCGGACCCGACCUUCGUCCGUCUCCUGCUUCCUCCCGCUACUCCACCUGAGUCGGGCCCCUUUCAUCCCCGCGGGCUCCCUCCGUGAAUUUCUCCGCGCGGCUCGAGCUCCGGGAGCCAUGGUGAUGGGGAACCAGGUGGAGCGGCUCACGCACGCUCACUACCUCGAGGUACCCACGGCGGACGCGGCGAGCCACGACGGGGACGGCGUGCCCGGCUCCGCGGUGGCCUACAUCUUCACGGACGACGAGGAGGACGAGGGCAGCGACGGCAAAGAUGGAGGACGAGGAGCAGGAAGGCGAAGUGGAGGAGGAGGUGGUGAAGGUCAUGGAGGAAAGGGGCCUCCCAAGGCGCGUGGGCGAGCAAGUGGAGGAGAAGAAGAAGAGAGAGGUGGACAAUUGAGCACAAACGAGGUGGAGCUGUCCGCCUUCCACAUUGACGAGUGCAUCCUGAACAAAACCCUGGCGGGGCCCCGGAAUUCGCGGGGCACCGUGGAGCCGCUGGGACCCCUGUCCGAACUGCUGCCGCGCUGCUUGCCCGGGGACCUGCUGGAGUUCUCGGCGCCGGGCGAGGUGUCCCUGUGGGUGGUGUUCGUGGGAGACGGCUACUGCGUGAGCCUGAGGGAUGAGGCGGUGAGGAACGAGACGGUGGAGGCCGCCGGCGGCGGUCGCUCCGUGCGCCUCGUGUCCUCCUGCUACCAGUUUGAGGCCCUGGCCGCAGACGCGAUCGUGCGCUGCGCCGUGGAGCAAGUGGGCGCAGCCGGGCAGCUGCUGUGCUGGGCCAACUCGGAGUGCUUCGCCGCCUGGUGCCGCUACGGGAGGCGGCAGUUCAAGAGCGGCAGCGAGCGCCGCAGUGACGGUCGCGGUCCCUACGCCCUGCGCCUCCACCUGAGCGGCACCGAGAGCCACGCGCUGCAGUUCCACAGCCUGGAAGACAUGGUGCUGGAGAAGCGGCGCCUCGAGCGCCUUGGCAGGCAGCGAUGCCUCCACGAAAUGACGGCCUCCGCCAGCACCGCGUCAUCCACAUCGUCGUCAUCCAACAGCAACAACAACAACGCCGCAACCAUCGCCUCCACGGGCCGUUGGCGGUAGCGGGACGCGCGGUCGGCCCGCCCGAGGUGCGAGUGGAGCACCAAGUGGCCGCGGCGUGAGACGAGGGGUGGUGUCCGCACUUUCUCGGAUCCGCCAGCCGCGUGGAUCCACAGAGGCGGGAUCAUGAAGGAGCGCGGUGGCCAUGGAGCAGCACUGCCCGGAUUUUGUGGAACAUGAACUCCACACGGAUGGAGAAGUUUUUGUGGAGUAGCGGAUCAGGGUCAGCUAGCACGACUUCUCAACUCGCCCAUUUCAUUGUACUGUAAUACCCUCGACUCGUCUCCAUCAAUCUCGUCAAGUUGCCACGCCACCUGUUUCCUCACUCCCUCUCAUUCGUUGUCUUUACUCAUCCGUCACGACUCCCAGUGCCUCCAUCACAACCAUCACCAUAUCUUUUGAUUUAAAGCUUUCGUGACUGCAGAGAUUCAUAUUCUUGGUUCUUUCGGUAAAGUCACGUUGAAGGGAAACAAUAAAAUAAUAAAAUAUAUAAAAAAUACAAUUCUCACGACGUUUCGACUGCAACACAAGCAGUCAUCAUCAGGUGUGAAAACCAACGGCAAGAACAUUUCCGUUGGUUUUCAUCACCAUAUCGUCAUCUUUCUCCAGUCACUCUCAUCUCUUCCCCACUUAUCUCCACGCACAUUCAUCAGCCCCCACACACCCUCACCUCUUCUCACCACCUUGUACUGAAUUUACAACUCACCCCCCUACUCACUCUAAACUUUCUUCCUCACCUCCACUCACCCCACCACUCACCCUCAUCACCUCCACCUCACCCGUAUCUCACUCCACCACUUCUAGCUUCUCACCCCGCAACUCAGGCUCGUCUCACCGACUGCCCUCGCCACCUUUAUCCGCCGUGAAGACGCUGUUGACUCGACUGGUCCACGUGGCGUCACCUUGUGGAGCCCCCGCCAGACUACUCAGCUGUUGCAUGCCCCUCGCUCCUUAGAAUUAUCACUGCUGUUCGCUUGAGGCGCAAGGUGGCACCGGGUGAUACAGGUGCGCCCAGCCAGGCAGUCAGUCCCGCCCAAUCCUGUACCUGUUGCCUCUCUCACCCGCUCGUGAUGCCUAGCCUGUACGCAAUGCCUCCUUUAUCUGUACUUGAUGCCUCACCUGUACGUAAUGUCUCUCACCUGUACAGGAAUGUGACAGUGAUAUCACCAACCCACCAUCACACAGGAUGCAACACAGCCCACACACAAACGCCACCAGCCUUACUCCAGUUUGCUUUGUGAGUUUUAAUAUUUCAAUAAAAUUAACAAUACACUA